CCACAAUGGCAACCUGACUCCACCUUGAUCGAUAAUCGUCAAACGUUUGGCCAUUCAACAUUUCAGAGUAAUGUGAUUUUUCUUUCGAUCUGUAUCGUCUAACUGAUGUCAGUCUCAUUGGUGUGACGAGGCUAUAACCAGACUCCUAUCUUCCCCCCAUCGCAUUGUUAAGUUUGGAAUCGUGCAAGGUAGAAUGGAAAUCCGGAUGGAUUAUAUUUGGAUCAUAUUACUCUUACACCCCACUGAUGCAUUACCGCUGGAAUGGGAUAUGCCUAUUGGACCUCCUCAGCCUCCUCCGAAAGGUGAGAGCGAUCACGAAAGCGGUCGAUCCGGUCUCAUAGCACUAGGAGUGUUAUACUUUCUGAUCAUCGUCGCAGUGUCGUGUGGGGUUAUAGCUGCUUGCUGUUUCAGAAGAAGGGUUGUCCAAGCUGAAUUACAAUCCCGGCUUUCCCGCGCUUCAUCCACUCAACGCUCAAGCAUCUCUCGAUUGAACGCCGCCAUCUUGGAUGAACAGGCAUCCAACUCGGCAAGGCGAAGCACGAUCACACCGUCUGAAACACCAACAUCGAACUCAAUAGAGGGCAGCAGACAAGGAGGUGGAGACGGGGUUACUAUGGUUACUAAGAAUGGUUUACUCGCGGUCCCGAACAAUAUAUAGAUCAUGAUGAUAAUUAUGUCACAAUGAUAAAUUAAAGGGAAAUCUAACCCUUGUAAUAAGUAUAGAUUUUGUUAUGAAAGCAGAAAAAUAACAGAAAC